AUGAAGGCGCCGGCGAGAAGAGCUGCAGCAGCAGCAAAGGCCCAGGGAAAUGCGGGGAGGAAAAAGAAAGGAAUAAAAGAAGAAGAAAAUAAAAUUAAAGAAAUGAAACUUCUGCGACAAGAAGCAGCAGCAGAGGCCUGCGCGGAGUGUACAUACACCCGAAUGCAUGCGCCUUCAGUUCCCACUUUUAACGCCGUUUUUGCUGCUCAUGUGUACCCCUUGCUGCUGCUGCUGCUGCCGCUGCUGCUGCUGCUGUUUGCGGGCGGACAGCAAGAGAAGUGCUUGGCUUUAUUAGAAGCAGCAGCAGCAGCAGCAACGCAACGGCAGCAGCAGCAACAGCGGCAACGCAACGGCAGCAGCAGCAACAGCGGCAACGCAACGGCAGCAGCAACAACAGCUGCAGGAGACGCAAUAGCAGCAGCAGCAGCUGCUGCAGGACUCGCAACGACAGUAACAACAUCUGCACGACAGCAGCAGCAGCAGCACGACCAGCAGCCGCAAAAGCAGCAGCAGCAGGACAAGUUGCAGCAGCAGCAGCACAAGCAGCAGCAGCAGCAGCAGCAGCACAAGCAGCAGCAGCAGCAGUGCAAGAAGCAACAGCAGCAGCACAAGCAGCAGCAGCCGCAGUACAAGCACCAGAAGCAGCAGCAGCACAAGCAGCAGCAACACAAGCAGCAGCAACACAAGCAGCAGCACCAGCAGCAACAACACCAGCAGCAGCAAGACUGA